AUGCUCCCCUUCAAGGUGAGCAAAUGGAUGGGCCUCGCUUGCUUCCGGCCGCUGGCGAUCUCCUCGCCCAGUGUCCGUCAGAAGAAGCUGAUCCACAAGCUGCAGCAGGAAAAGGCUUUCCGGGAAGAGAUGAAACUUUUCCGGGAGAAAAUAGAAGACUUCAGGGAACAGAUGUGGGGUUUCCGAGGCAAGAUCCGGGCUUUCCAGGGCCACAUCUUGGGAUUUUGGGAAGAGGAGAGACCUUUCUGGGAAGAAGAGAAAACCUUCUGGAAAGAAGAAAAAACGUUCUGGGAAAUGGAAAAAUCUUUCCGGGAGGAGGAGAAAACCUUCUGGAAAAAGUACCGCACCUUCUGGAAGGAGGAUAAGGCUUUCUGGAAAGAGGACAAUGCCUUGUGGGAAAGAGACCGGAACCUUCUGGCGGAGGACAAGGCGCUGUGGGAAGAAGAAAAGGCGCUGUGGGUGGAGGAGAGGGCGCUGCUCGAGGAGGAGAAGGCCCUGUGGCAGGAUAAGAAGGCCCUGUGGGAGGAGGAGAACGCGCUGUGGGAGGAGGAGAAGGCCUUCUGGGUGGAAGAUGGCAGCCACGCGGCCGCGGCGCAGGUGCGGGAAUGGGGCCUGCACAACGCCAAUGGCGGGCAGCGGUCGCCAGACGUCUCCAGAGGGAGGGCGUAG